AACAAAAACAAAAAGUAGAUCAUUAAAAACCAGCCGGUCAGGUCUAAAGUGAGAAAGUUUUCAUUUGUAUUUCACCGUGUUUUUACAGUUAAAAAAAAUCGAAUUGUAUCCCUUUAUUUGCGAGGUUUUUGAAGUAAUAUCCGUCUCGUUCUGAUCCGGCCCAAUUGGCGGCCGGAGUCGAGCCGUGGCUUUUGGAAAGUGUUUAAAAUCGUGUUGAGCCCUGAUUGGACGCGGGGCCUAGCCAAUCGGAUCGUUCCAUUUGUCCCGUCCACGAGUCCGCCGGCCCCCGUCUCGGGAGAUUUUCAAACGCCGCCAGACCACCAGACGAAACCCAGCUCGAGACGAUGAGGGCUCUUCUCCUCCUCACACUUUUCUCGGUCGCUUUUGCCGAACUCUACUUCCAGGACAAAUUCUCAGACGCUUCUUGGGAAGAGAGAUGGGUCUACUCGGAACACUCGGGCAAGGAGUUCGGCAAGUUCACAUGGACAGCUGGAAAACUCUUCAACGAUGCUGAAAAGGACAAAGGUCUGCAGACUUCGCAGGACGCCAGGUUCUAUGCUAUUUCCACGAAAUUCCCUUCAUUCACGAACAAGGGCAAGACGCUCGUCGUCCAGUUCAGAGUGAAACAUGAGCAGAACAUUGAUUGUGGAGGCGGUUACGUCAAGCUGUUCGACUGCUCGCUCGACCAGAAGAACCUUCAUGGCGAGUCGCCGUACGAGGUGAUGUUCGGUCCGGACAUAUGCGGAUCCACAAAAAAGGUACACGUUAUCUUCUCGUACAAGGGUAGAAACGUCCUCGUCAACAAGGACAUCAGGUGUAAAGACGACGUUUUCAGUCAUUUUUACACACUCGUCGUUAAGCCUGACAACACAUACGAAGUCUUGAUCGACAAUGAAAAAGUCGAGAGUGGAAAUCUAGAAGACGAUUUCGACUUCUUGCCGCCAAAGAUGAUAAAGGACCCCGAGGCAAAGAAACCUGAGGAUUGGGAGGACAACCCGACUAUCGAUGACCCAACUGAUUCGAAGCCUGAGGAUUGGGACAAGCCGGCGACGAUACCCGACCCAGAGGCGAACAAACCUGAGGACUGGGACACUGAGAUGGACGGCGAAUGGGAGCCACCGCAGAUUGACAACCCUGAAUUCAAGGGUGAGUGGAAGCCAAAACAGAUCGACAACCCCAACUACAAAGGGCCGUGGAUCCACCCGGAGAUCGAAAACCCAGAGUACUCUCCAGACAAUGAACUAUAUGUCAGGAAAGAGCUCUGCUCUGUCGGAUUUGACCUAUGGCAAGUCAAGUCAGGCACUGUCUUCGGCAACCUGCUCAUCACUGAUGACGUUGAGCUCGCCAAGAAGGAGGCUGAAGUCGUCAAAGAAAUGAUGGCCGGCGAGGAGAAAAUGAAAACAGCACAAGAGAACGAAGCAAAAGAAAAGGACAUGGAGGAGGCUGGCAAAGACAAGAAGAAAACUGAAGAUGAAGAUGAUGAGGAUGAAGACGAAGAUGAAGACUCCGCGCCCAAGACAGAAGACCACGAUGAACUGUAGGCCGAUUUAUUUAAAAGAAAAAAAAGGAGAUUUAUAA